CUCACGGCGACGGUGAGAGAGGGCGCCGCGGCGACCUGGUGGCGGGGAGGACUCCGAGGGCAGACGUUCCAAAGCCACCCCAACGGAGAGACACGCCGAGACGCCCCUGCCAUUGGGAGCCCUUCGGUCUUAACUCGGUUGUAAACUCGGCUGAAAAGGUGGAGGGCCCGGGGACGCGAGGAGCCAAGGAGUCGGUGAACGACUCGAAGGACGAAGACGGAUCGGACGUCGCCUCAACUUUGAGCGGCCUGCUCGCCGGUCUUCCGACCUUGGCGGGCCCCCAACGCCUCGCCAGCUCUCUCAAGCAGAAGCUCGCCAGCAACUCCGAGGGAUGGCGAGACUCGGUGUUGGGGGCCCCGCGUCGUUUAUUGGUGACUCUCGGCAGUCUCUCCAGGGACAGCUCGCCAUGUCCUGCCGCGAAGGAGGAGGCUCUACCGAGUCUUCCGGUUCCGGACCUCGAGACGACCUUGCAGAAAUACUUGACGCAGGUCGAAGCCAUCACGCCGAAUCAUCUGGAAAAGACUCGGAGCUUGGUACGAGCCUUCCUCUCGGGGCCUGGACCGAAACUCCAACAACGUCUCUUAGAACGUAGGCAGAAGGUUACCAACUGGGCGACGGAAUGGUGGCUAAAUGACAUGUACCUGUCGGUCCCGCUGGCCCUGCCAAUUAACAGCAACCCCGGCUUGGCCGCGAAACCGAAGAGAUUUGCGAACCAGCAGGAAGCCGCGGUGUUCCUCGCGCGAUUUCUCACCGAGCUGCUUAAUUAUCAGGAACUGCUGGACAGGUCCGGAUUGGAGGUGGAACGUGUGAAAUCCAAGGAUGGCAAGACCAUGCAACCGCUCUGCAUGGCGCAGCAUUACCAGAUAUUUCGGAUUUAUCGGCGACCCGGUGUAAACAAUGACGAACAGAUCGUCCUGGAUAGAGCGUCCUCCGGCGACCAUAUUAUCGUCGCACAUCAUAAUCAGUUCUACAACGUACCGGUGAGAGCAUCGGACCGGGGCCGGAUCACGGAAAUCGAAUUGGUUCAGCAGUUGUUGAGGAUCAUGGAGACCAAGGCCGAUCCCAGGACUCCACCGGUCGGAAUCCUCACGACCGCGAAACGACCAGCCUGGGCAAAAGCGCGAGAAGAGCUGAUUAAAAACGAGCGCAAUCGUCACAAUCUGGAGCUGUUGGAGCGCUGCCUCUGCGUCGUUUGCAUCGACGACGACGUGCUGCCGGCCACGUUUAACAAUCCCAUGAAGAAGGAGGACCGAUGGAUCGACGACCGUGAUUACGCGAACGUGCUUCAUCACGCUCUCCACGGCGGAGGGUCCCGGCACUUGGGCGCGAAUCGCUGGUUCGACAAGACUUUCCACGCUAUCCUCGGCAAGGACGGAAUGUGGGGAUUGACGUACGAGCAUUCCGCUGGCGAAGCACCGGCUGUUUUCGCGGCUUUCGAGGAGAUAACGGAAAAGGUGGAUUCCAUGUCGCCGCCGGACGAAAAUCUAGUGCCGUCGCAUCUGCCAGCACCCGAAAAACUGGAGUGGUGCCUCACCGAGCAAAGUCUGAACGACAUCCGAGAGGCUAUGAUGAACUUCGACGCGUUGGUCGAAGAUCUGGACCUUUGUAUUCUGUGGUUCGAGGAUUACUCGAAGGAGUUCAUCAAGUCCAGCAGAGUCAGCCCGGAUGCGUACAUACAAUUAGCACUUCAGCUUACGUAUUUCAGACUCCACGGUAGGCUGGUGGCCACUUACGAGAGCGCCGGCAUCCGGAGAUUCGCGUUGGGUCGCGUCGACUGCAUCCGGGCCGCCAGUCCGGAGGCCCUCAACUGGGCGAAGGCCAUGUGCCAGGGCGAUCCUCACGGCCAGAUGAAUCAGCCGAACAACACCGUGGACGGGAGCCCCAAAAGAGCGGAAAGGAUCAAGGAGCUGUUCGACCUAGCAGUGCAGAGGCAGACAAAAGAGAUGAACGACAAUAUACACGGCCUGGGUAUCGACAAUCACCUGAUGGGGCUGCGCUACGUGGCAAAGGAAGCUGGCGAGCCGAUCCCGGAUAUCUUCACGGACGAAGCUUACGCAAUCAUUAAUCACUUCGCCCUCUCGACAUCACAGGUGACUACGAAGAACGAUGUGAUCGCCGGAUACGGGCCGGUGGUGCCGGACGGCUACGGGUGCGCCUACAACGUGAGGAAGAAUGGCUUUAUCUUCUCGGUUUCGGCCUUCCACAGCGACGGCAGGACCAGCGCGAUGCAAUUCGCGCAAACUCUCGAACAGAGUCUGCGGGACAUGGCGGCUAUGAUAAAGAGUUCGAAGAAGUGA